AUGGCGGCUUCUGCCUUGAUUGUUCCUUUGAAGAGGAGGAAAGUGAAUGCUGAAGAAGAAUUUUGUGACGAAUUUUUGAAACUUGAAGAUGACCUUUGUAAAAAACUAUCGCCGCUAGUGUUUUCUUCUCCAAUAACGCAUGUGUAUAACCCGCUUGAAUAUGCCAGAGAAACACAUGAAGAUUAUGUCAAGAAGUACUGCAAAGCUGGGCAAAAAGUGCUCUUUUUGGGAAUGAAUCCUGGUCCGUUUGGAAUGGCUCAGAACGGGGUAAGCUUGUAUGAUGAGUAACUCGUCUGUUAACUAGUAAGUGCAGCACUUUUCCCGUGAAAUAUAUUCUAUGAAGCCGAAAUUUGAUCAACAAGCCUGUUCCCAGAGCAAAGCUCCCCUAAAGGUCUGGAAUCUCCGCAUGCAAUAUUUUAUCGUGAUAGACAUCUGUUGAGCAAUUCUCCAUUCGAGCUGCAUAAAAUAUUUACGAGAAUGUUUGAUACAUAACUUCCUCUAGCUGGCAAGUCUAUUUUCUCAACACCUGUGUUGACGAGAAUUGAAGGUUUUUAAGAUCUUUCCUGGAGUUAAAUAAAGGAGACUGGUAACUUGUACUGGAAACCAACAAAUCAAUCAUAUUUCAAGUAUAAUAUUGCAAGGAGAAGCAAGUAGAUGUAAUAAAGUUUAACAAAUUAACUUAACGCAUCAAAGAAAGACUUUAGGAUCUCCUCAACAAGGAAGUCAAUCUUAUAAAACUGCAUUGUAAGAGAGAUGCUUUUCAUAUGCAGAUUAGCCUUAAAUUUAACAUGUCAACCUCCUUCAAUAUCAAGGUCUUUUAAUUCAUCUUUGUCCUUGCUAUCUUUAAAUAAUCAUUCUUGUGAUAAAGGUGUUUUGAUGACAAGAAAAUGUUGAAUACUCUGUAAAAGUUUGUCUUCAACAAAUAAAGGAAAAGGUCAUUUAUUUGAUAUCAAAAGAGUAUUGUGCAGAGUGAUAAACAGCUAAAAAGAUUGUUGAAAUUAUUUUGCUUUCAUUAACUCCUGUUUAUUUGUUAGGUACCUUUUGGAGAUACCAAACAUGUCGUAGACUGGCUUAAAAUAAAAGGUAGUGUGGAGAAACCAGUUCAAGAGCAUCCUAAAAGACUUAUACAUGGACUUGACUGCACAAGAGCAGAAGUCAGUGGUAGCCGACUUUGGGGUUUCUUUCAAGAACACUGCAAAUCACCAGAGACAUUUUUUGCCAAUUGUUUCAUUCACAAUUAUUGCCCACUGGUGUUUAUGAAAUCAAGUGGUAAGAAUGUUACACCUCCUCAGCUGCCCAAGAAAGAGAGAGAGACUUUAUUGGAGCUCUGUGAUAAAUCUCUGGCAGAUGUUGUAAAGUUGAUGGGAGUAAAAAUUGUUGUUGGUGUUGGGAAAUUUGCAGAGGAAAGAGCUCAGAAGGCUUUAAAAGACAGUAAUGUUGAAAUAUAUUCAAUCAUGCAUCCCAGUCCAGCAAGCCCUGCUGCAAAUAGUGGUUGGAACAAUAUUGCUUUGACAAAACUCACAGACCUCAAUCUCAUGUGCUACAUCAAAAAUGAACAUUUAAAUCCAGUAUUGUCCUGAUGAUAAACCCUCUGGUUAAUAUUCACUGUAAACUAUUAUAUUUUGAUAAACUUUGAUCCAUCAGAAAGAUGAUUGGUACAACGAAUGAUGCAUUCUGUAUAUAGUUUGAAACAAUUACAAUUUUUUUACCUACUUAUCUUUCUGCCUACUUGAUUAAAAGAAGCUAAAUGUUCAUAGUAUUUUUAAUUAGUCUAAAUAAAUGUAAUAAGUUCAGUUGUUGUGCCUAGAAAUAGGCUACCCAACCAACAGGAUCCACCUUAACCUUUUCACUCCCAGAUCAACUAAGUAACUCUCCUUACUGUUUGCCAUACAAUACUUAUGAAGUUAGUUUAGCAAAUUUAGCAUUAGAUCAACUAACCAUUUGCUAACUGAUGUUUUUCUUUGUUUUUAUCACUUGUCU